CAAAACUGUUAAAGUACAAGAGGAAACAAAAAAGUCAGAUGUUUACAGUAGGAAGGAGAGGAUAAUUUCUAAUACUGGGAAUACUGUGAUACUAUAAGAACGCAAAACUGCUAAAGUACAAGAGGAAACAAAAAAGUCAGAUGUUUACAGUAGGAAGGAGGGGAUUUAUAUCAUUUUAACCGGAACGGGGCUGAGCCAUUGGUAACGUUAGCAACCACACUGAGCGACAGGCGCGGUUAUCGUUAAUAAUGUGAAGGAUUGUUGUUAGAAUUAUGUCUCCAAAUACUGACUGAACCAGUUUUUUUUAGACCCCAAGUACUACUGGAUUUACCCGAGAAGCGUCGUUUCUUAUAACCGUGCAGCUCUGUCUCAGGCUUGUGGGUGAGCGAUGCCACCGGUGACCAGCUGUGACUGCCCCCACCUGGACUGUGUAGGGGAAAUCACCAAGGAGGAACUGAUUCAGAAAUCCCAUGGACAGUGCCAAGACUGUAAAGUUGGAGGACCAAAUUUGUGGGCGUGUUUGGAGAAUGGCUGUUCUUAUGUAGGCUGUGGAGAAUCUCACGCUGACCACAGCACUGUCCACUCGCAGGAGACACGACACAACCUGACAGUGAACCUGACCACGCUCCGAGUGUGGUGCUACGCCUGCGGCAAGGAGGUUUUCCUGGAGCGUAAACUAGGUCCUCACUUGUCCCACGCCACCAGCACAGCUCUCCCAUCUGUGGAGAAAGCUGGUCAGGAUAACAGCAGGGCCCCUGGGAGCCCCACCUCUCUGAGAGUGCCCCCUAAUGGAGCCUGUGAAGACCUGGACAUGGAAACAGAGGAGGAGGAUGAUCUGCGUGCAAGAGGCCUGACAGGGCUAAAGAACAUCGGCAACACUUGCUACAUGAACGCUGCCCUCCAGGCCCUGUCCAACUGUCCGCCUUUGACGCAGUUCUUUAUUGAAUGCGGUGGCCUGGUGAGGACGGACAAGAAGCCUGCUCUCUGCAAAAGCUACCAGAAACUAGUGUCAGACCUGUGGCACAAGAACAGACCGUCCUAUGUGGUCCCCACCAACUUGUUCCAGGGGAUCAAAGCCAUAAACCCUAUGUUCAGAGGAUAUUCUCAGCAGGACUCCCAGGAGUUUCUGCGCUGCUUGAUGGAUCAACUUCACGAGGAGCUGAAGGAGCCUCUGCCCGAACCCUACGACCAGUCCAGCGGUAUCACAGUGGACGACAGCCACAUGGAGGACAACCACAGCCAGUCAGACAAUGACUUCCAGUCAUGUGAGUCGGGCAGUAGCAUUGACCGGGCCGAUAACGAGGUGCAGAGUGGGAACAUGCUCGCGGACAACACCAACGAGGCCGGGAUGCUGAUUCCUGAGCAAGAUGAGAUACAGGCAAACAGGGAGUGGCAGAAGGAGAAGAACAUGAUUAAUGAUCUUUAUCGCUCAGGAGUUCAUGGUGUUAUGGGUGGAAGCUGUGGAGCAGACAUAGACAAAGAUGUCGACACCACCACUGAGACCACACCCAUUAUCAGCAGCCAGGGAGCCAUCAAGGUUCAGAACCGAACAUCAGAUUCCUUCCCAGGAAUCCAAAUACCCAACACCACAAGGUCGCAGAGUCCAGUUCUCAUGGAGGGACACAUUCCUAAAAUGUCCAGCAGCCCACCCAAAGCUACCUCUGGCUGGCCCAGCCUAAACCCUGCACACAAGAAAGCAGUGACCACAUUCUCUCCACCAAAGAACAAACGGCAGAAGAAAUACCGCAGUGUCAUCUCAGAUGUGUUUGAUGGGACCAUUGUCAGUUCUGUUCAGUGCCUCACCUGUGAUCGGGUGUCUGUGACCCUGGAGAACUUCCAGGAUAUCUCAUUGCCCAUCCCGGGGAAAGAGGAUCUGGCCAAGCUCCACUCCUCCACCCACCAGACCUCCCUGGUAAAGGCAGGAUCCUGUGGGGAGGUUUAUGCACCACAGGGUUGGAUUGCCUUUGUCAUGGAAUACAUCAAGAGCUGGUUCUGGGGUCCUGUGGUUACUUUACAAGAUUGCCUUGCAGCUUUCUUUGCCAGAGAUGAACUAAAGGGAGACAACAUGUACAGCUGUGAAAAAUGCAAGAAAUUACGCAACGGAGUCAAAUUUUGCAAAAUGCAAAGUUUGCCAGAGAUCCUGUGUGUCCACUUGAAGCGCUUCAGACAUGAACUAAUGUUCUCUACCAAGAUAAGCACACACGUCUCCUUUCCGCUCAAGGGCCUGGACCUGCAGCCUUUUCUGGCCAAAGACAGCUCCGCCCAGACCACCAACUACGACCUGCUGUCAGUCAUCUGUCACCACGGCACUGCCAGCAGUGGCCACUACAUAGCCUACUGCAGGAACGAUGUGAACAAUCUGUGGUAUGAAUUUGAUGACCAAAGUGUGACAGAGGUGUCUGAAUCCUGUGUCCAGAAUGCAGAAGCUUACGUGCUGUUCUAUAAAAAGAGCAAUGAGGACGCAGUGAAAGAACGGAGGAGAGUGACAGGGUUAUUCAACAUAAUGGAGCCCAGCCUUCUGCAGUUCUAUAUCUCUCGCCAGUGGCAUAACAAGUUCAAGACUUUUGCCGAGCCGGGGCCUAUUUCCAAUGAUGACUUCCUGUGUUCACAUGGGGGUGUGCCACCUAACAAAGCAACACUCAUUGAUGACCUGGUGAUAAUGCUGCCCCAGAACGUGUGGGAUCACCUUUACAGCAGGUACGGAGGGGGACCAGCUGUCAACCACCUGUAUGUUUGCCACACGUGCCAGACUGAGAUAGAAAAACUGGAGAAACGGUGCAAAUCAGAGCUCGACAUGUUUGUCCGGCUUAACAAGGCGUUCCAGGAGGAGGAGUCUCCAGUGGCCAUAUACUGCAUCAGCAUGCAGUGGUUUCGUGAGUGGGAGGGUUUUGUCAAAGGAAAAGACAAUGAUCCACCCGGACCCAUUGAUAAUUCCAAGAUUGCAACAAACAAGAACGGCCAUUUAACACUUAAACAAGGAGCCGACUCAGGGCAGAUCUCUGAAGAGACAUGGAACUUCCUCCACUCCAUUUAUGGCGGCGGCCCACUGGUGACAGUUCGGCCAAGCAUCAGCCACCAGGAAGCAGAAUCGUCCCACUCAGAGGAAAAGAUUGAGGUGGAGACGCGCUCUGUUUAAUCAAGCAGUCAACAGCAAACGAUAGAAAACAUUUAAGAAAUGAAAAACCUUUUAUUUUGCACUUGACUUUUAUUUCAAAAGCAUUGAAGCAAAGGACCUCAUCUGUACUGCUCCAUGACAGCCUUUGAGAUCUGGAAUUAACAUGUUUGAGAAGGUUUGUCAUGUUGUACAAAUCUGUAUAAAGAGCAUUUAAAUUUCUAUUAGCACUGUAGUAUUCAUGUCAGGUUGUUUUAAGAGCCAAGCAUUUAAAGUAUGUGCAGCUAAAAAUUCCACUGAAUGCCAUUUUCUUCUUGACCAAAUGAGCACACAUUGUUUGUCCAUGUGUUUUGUGUUUCUGAUACUGAUGAAUCAAAAUUCAUCUUGCUGUAGAUAUAUCACAUAUUUUUCCUCUUGUAAGAGAAUAUUGUCCGAUGAAUGGUUAAGAGAGCAAAAUGUGACACUUAAAGUGAUAGAAAUCACCUGGUAAUGAAGGGACUAAUUACUGAGUAUCCUCAGGAAUUAAUUUUGUGUCUGUGUUUCUGUAGACAUACAAAUUGGCAUGCUCACACAAAUGUCUGGUUUGUAUUUGAAUGUACAAGUAUUGAUGGUAUGUUGGUCAAGAUUCAGCACUUGGUUAUUUAUCACAGAAGGGAGAGAUUUAACAUGAUGUCAGAAGAUUUUUGUAGAAAUUACACACAAGCAUAGUCUGUUAAAAAUGCAUGCUUUAACACUCAGGCCCAGUUUAACAUCUCUUGUAACUGCAUGUUAAUGCAAAGUUGCUCAUAAAAUGUGCACGCAAAUAACACUCUGGAUUUGGCUCUAUUGUCACUAAAUAGUACAGCUACGGAAAGCAUAUUAUACAAUCAGCAGCAGCAGUCUAAUUAGAGGCAUUAUUUUUGUGUAUGGGGAUAAUGUUGCUUAGUGUGUUGGCUGAUAGAGGGUAAACAAUGCUGUACUGUAUGUUCUUGCAUAUGGAUGUCACAUGAGUAAGACCUGAUUUUUGCUGGCUGACACUAUUAA